AUGCGCUCAGCCAAAAAAGGGGUAUCAGUAUUCAAUGGUAGGAGCUAUUUCCCAUAUAUUUGGCUUGUAUUUUAUGGGGUCUCCACUGGUCUGGUAAAAGAAUCCGCAUGUGGUGUGACAACAAGUCUGGUUGCCAUCAUAAACUCUAAACACUCCAAGUCCCCCCAGGUAAUUGACCUCGUUCGAGCAAUCACACGUCAAACGCUCAAAUACAACUUUGCAUUCACGGCUGCUGACAUCCCGGGCUGAGACAAUUCUAUUGCUGACUCCCUUUCCCGUUUUCAGACGGACUGCUUCCGUACCCUGGCUCACUGCGCGUUUCCCACAGCCUCCACAACCCCUCCAUCAACGAUGAGCAUCUGAGAAUCGUCGAAGGUUCAGCGGUCAGGAGCCAAGAUGGACGCAAAAUUUUGAGCUCCCACUUCUUACCUUAAUGAGUCGUUUUUCUACUGUCCUUUUAUUGGUAGUUUUCACUGAAUUAUGCCAAAAGAGACAGUUUCUUCACUAAACCAACAAAUUCAAGAUUUAAAGGAUAAGGUCUUAAAAAGACUCAUGAUUGCUAAAUGUUAAGACAACAUGGCGAGCGGAGGUGGAGUUGCGAGCUCUGAUGAAACGUGGUCAAACUCCAUCUCAUUUGAUGAAAACAACCAUCAAUGAAAAUUAAAUGGUUCGCCAGCUGGUCCAAGAGAUUUUGUACAAUCCCAACUCAACUUACAAGGGUCGUGGGAUGAGAGGAACAAUGGAAAUCAACUUGUCUUCAAAUGCCGUGACAGAUCAGCCACAAUUAACUGGUACAAUAAAACAUCGACAUUACAGGUCCAGGGUCCAAACAAAGAUCAAGUGACAAGAGAUAUUGCACAUUGGGCGAAGAAGAGUUCAACUAAAUCGCCUCCAUCCUUAAUUGAUAUCAUUUACCAUCCAUUUCAUCGACUGUGGGCAGGGAAACGUUAGAAGCAACUAACGAGGCUGAAUUAUCAUCUACUCUUUAUUAAAACGGAGAUACAUCUUGUAAAGGCUCUAUCUGCCUGAUAGAAGCCAUUAAGAACAGUUGUCAAGAAGAUGAAACACAAACUGUCAAAUUUUCAAAAACGUUUGGAUAAACUCAACUCAAAAUUUUCAUCGAACUUAAAUGUAAAAUUUAUCAGACUGUUUUUCAUUUUUUAUUUUUUGCUCUUUUUUGUAACUUUAUUUGAUUUACCACAAAAUACAUUGGGCUCCCUCAGAGUAAAAAUAAAAUAAACAGUAACAGUAAGGCCAGGAUCGAAAGCAAAAUACAGUGAAGGUAAGUAUAAAUUAACUCAUUACAUAGCCUGAGUUGGCAAAAUAUAAAGUAUGGUACAUGUAACAAUGUUUUUUUAUUUUUAUUUUUUUAUAUUUAUAGUUUUUAAUACUUUUUAUUGUAGUUUUUAAUAGUUUCUCAUGCUUUAGUCACCUUUAACAUAAAUUUAAUAUAACAAUAUUGUAAAGCGCAACCGAAUAUAUUCAUAUAGAGUUUUGCGCUACAUAAAUGUAAAUUAUUAUUAUUAUUAUUAUGAAAAUAAUAUCAGAAAUGUGAAGAAAGAUAACUAUUUACUACAAGAUUUAUAACUAAUAAUUCAUAUAUAAUUUUUUUUCAAUUUCGUUUUGAAUAAGUGGAGAGAAUUAGAUUAUUUAAUAUCAUUUUCUAUAGAGUUAUAAUAAGUAGGUCCUUGGAAACUGACAGAAAAUUUACGAAGGUUUGUUCUACAAAAAGGAAGGUGAAAAUCGUUCGCGUAUAGCUAUGGACUUGUUUGUUUAAAGAAAAAUAAUUGUUGAAGUUUGAAGGCGAAAGAGAAUGGUUAAGAGAACACAUAAGUUUACCCAAUUCUAGUUGUCUAAUAUCGGAAAGUUUUAGUAGCUCUAAUUCUUUGAAAAUAGGGUCUGAAUGAGAGUCGAAAGUUGAUUUAGAAAUAAUUCUUAUAACUCGCUUUUGCAAAGAGACAAGACGGCGAAGAUUGGUUUUGUACGUAGAUCCCCAGCCAAUAAUACAAUAAUGAAGAUAAGGAUAAACUAAACAAUAAUAAAGAGUUUUUAUACAGUGUUUAGGCAGAAAAAAUCUUGCUCUAUUAAUGACUCCUAUCGAUUUCGAGCAUUGACCGUUAAAUUAAACGAAUUGCAACCUGUUGGAGAGGUAGCUUCUAACCCAGUCCAGAGCCACACCACGUAUACCAUAGUGUUCGAGUUUUUUAAGCAGAAUAUUAUGAUCGACGGUAUCAAAGGCCUUAGAAAGAUCAAGAAAAACGCCAACGGCGCCAACUGUUAAUGGCACUCAUGAAGCCAGCGUUGAAAGUCUCGAGGGAGAAUGGAGUGAAGUGAGGAACCCAUCAAAGCCGAUUCAAGAAAUUGACUGUAGAAGUCAGGACCCGUGAAAACGCCAAGAAUGCAAUCAGCAGUGAACAGGUUAUUAUCCAAGAAAUUAGGAAAUCCAAGGCAAGAAUAGUACAGAGUCUUCCCAACCUUGAAUGUCGGCCUAGUGAAACUGUUCAAGAAGUUUUAAAUCCAUCUGUACAUGAAGACGCCCAUCAAGUAGAAAACCAAGAUGUUGAAAUCUACGAAUCCACAACUGUUAAUGGCACUCAUGAAGCCAGCGUUGAAAGUCUCGAGGGAGAAUGGAAUGAAGUGAGGAACCCAUCAAAGCCGAUUCAAGAAAUUGACACACUCAUUGUGGGCGACUCCGCACCAUCAAAGAUAUCAAAUCCAACCUAG